UCGAUUGUUCCCACCUUUCGCUUUUGUACGUUUCGUUUCGCCUUUCGUCUUGAUCUGCACACAUCGAGCACUGCCACAUCGAAUAUCGAAACAAUACCACGACAGCAAUCAUGGCUACCAACGGAGUCAAUGGAGCACACCUCUCUCUGCCACAGGCCCACCAGGACCUGAUGCAGAGAUCGCUCGUCGACACCGACCCAGAGAUUGCCGACAUCAUGGCUAAGGAGAUCAAGCGUCAACGCGAGUCCAUCCUCCUCAUCGCCUCCGAGAAUGUUACUUCGCGAGCAGUCUUCGAUGCUCUGGGCUCACCGAUGAGCAACAAGUACUCUGAAGGGUACCCAGGUGCACGCUACUACGGUGGCAACGAGCACAUCGACGAGAUCGAGCUCACUUGCCAAAAGCGAGCACUCGAGGCAUUCCGUCUUGACCCAGCUAAGUGGGGAGUCAAUGUUCAAUGCCUUUCUGGUUCGCCUGCAAACUUGCAGGUCUACCAGGCGAUUAUGAGACCACAUGAAAGAUUGAUGGGUCUUGACCUGCCACAUGGAGGACAUUUGUCCCAUGGAUACCAGACCCCAACCAAGAAGAUCUCUGCCGUCUCUACCUACUUCGAGACCUUCCCAUACCGCGUCAACCUCGAGACUGGACUGAUCGACUACGAUCGAUUGGAAGAGAAUGCUCUUAUGUACAGACCCAAGGUUCUCGUUGCCGGUACAUCUGCGUACUGCCGUGAGAUCGACUAUAAGAGAAUGAGGGAGAUUGCAGACAAGGUCGGCGCAUACUUGAUGAUGGACAUGGCACACAUCUCCGGCCUCAUUGCCGCAGGCGUCAACAAGUCACCAUUCGAGUAUGCGGACAUUGUAACCACAACCACCCACAAGAGCUUGCGUGGACCACGAGGAGCUAUGAUCUUCUUCCGAAAAGGUGUUCGCAAGACUGAGAUGAAAGCAGGCAAGGAGGUUCAGGUGCUCUACGAUUUAGAGGGACCCAUCAAUUUCUCCGUCUUCCCAGGUCACCAAGGUGGCCCACACAACCACACCAUCACUGCGCUUGCUGUUGCUCUCAAGCAAGCCCAGACACCAGAGUUCCGACAGUACCAAGAGCAGGUCAUCAAGAACGCCAAGCAGCUUGAGAAGUCAUUCAAGGCUCUCGGCUACAGGCUAGUCACUGAUGGCACCGACAACCACAUGGUCCUCCUCGAUCUCAAGCCAUUGAACCUCGAUGGUGCUCGCGUCGAGGCUGUUCUUGAUCAGAUCAACAUUGCUUGCAACAAGAAUACCACGCCCGGCGACAAGUCUGCUCUGACACCUUGCGGUAUCCGUAUCGGUGCUCCAGCCAUGACCAGCAGAGCUAUGGGUGAGGCGGAUUUUGACAGAAUCGCAAAAUACAUCGACCAAGCAAUCAAGCUUGCUCAAAAGGUGCAGGCCGAGCUGCCCAAGGAGGCAAACAAGCAGAAGGACUUCAAGGCCAAGCUUGCUGGUGGAAGAGCGUCAGUUCCAGAAGUCGGUACUCUGAAGGACGAGAUUGCUGCGUGGGCCAGUACAUUCCCACUGCCGGUAUAAAAGAUCGAUGAUGGGGCGGGAUGGCGCUGAGACGUGCAUUUGCGGGGCGUUCUGGCGCGGGCCAAGGAAAAUUUCAACAUGGCGAGGUGUUACGGAUUAAAAUACUCUCACGACUGAUACCACACUGCGGCACUUUCAACUAGCUGCGAUGGCUCAUUUGGAGCGAUACGAAAUAUGUAGGAACUUGGACGAAGUUCGCAAGAAUCGGCGAUACAAGCCAAGUUUGCUGCCUUGCCGUACCGUGCCUGAGAAUUUCUUUGUCGCGAUGCGAUUGUGAAACAGCUCAUGCAGGGUCAUGCGUGGCGGGCCUAGCCGAUUGCGCCAAGUAAACGUCAUUAGCCGCAAGCGACCUUCGCUCUCCCUGCAC